CUGGUUUUUUUUUUUUUUGCAUUCUAAAAACUUAUUAUCUUGAUUACAUAAAUUAAGCCCCAGACAUAUUAGAAGAGCAUAUAGCAAGGUCCAGUGGUAUAGAAUGCAUAAUUAAAGGGGCAGAAUACCCUCCUGUUCAGUAUAAUGAAUUGGGCUUGUGCUGAUCUCCCUUUUUGCCUAUUUAUUUCCUCACAAAGAUCUAUCUUUUUGUUAUUUCUUGAGCUAAACAGGGCAAACGGAGACUGAAACUAUUUUAUAUUUGGUCCUUACAAGGAAAGAUACGUAAUGGGAUUAUUGGAGGCCAGGAAGCCAAACCACAUUCCAGGCCCUAUAUGGCCUAUCUGAAAAUUGGUAUGGGUUUUUGUGGUGGAUCCCUGAUUGCUCCUGAUUGGGUGAUUUCUGCUGCCCACUGUGCUGGAGAUAUUACAGUUAUCUUGGGAGCACACAAUGUAAAGGAGCCAGAGAGCUCACAGCAGGUCAUCGGGGUUCAGAGUAAACACUUGCACCCGGAAUAUGAUGAUGAGGAGUCUCUGCCAUUUAAUGAUGUCAUGUUAUUGAAGCUUACAUCUAAGGCCACCAUCAACCGCUAUGUGCAGACCAUCCCUCUGCCAACCAGCAGCAGCGAUCUUCCUACUGGCACCCCCUGCAGUGUAUCUGGAUGGGGUUUGAUUGACAGGGAUGAAGUCACUGAUAAACUUUUUGAGACCAAUGUCACCAUUGUGAGCCGCCGCUUGUGUCACCGUUACUUCCCAAGACUGAGUGAUGGAAUGAUCUGUGCAGGGAGCAACAAUCAGAUUAAGGACUCCAGCCAGGGAGACUCUGGUGGGCCCUUGGUGUGCAAAGAGGCAUUGGCAGGCAUUGUGUCAUUUGGAUUUAACCACCCACCUGGAGUCUAUGCAAGGGUUGGCAGAUACCUCGAUUGGAUUAAGAAGACCAUAUCAGAACAUGGAGACAAGAAUAUCUAAGGCCUCUGCUUUUGUCUUCUCAUCAAGUCCUCUGUUGGCAGAUUAAAUAAUGCUGAAUAUCUUCUAUUAAAGAAUUUAGACAAAAGGCA